GUAGGACUUUGGAAUCACUGUCCGUUACGUAGCGGGCGAAGAGAGUUAAAAGGUGACGUGUGCACCCUGAGUUAACACGAUAUGAAUUUUGCUUUAUGGAGUUGUUUGCCUAUACUUGAUUCUGCCAAAAAUUAACUUCCAAGAUACCGAAUUGAUUUAUAUAACUGGUUACUGGCUAAGCUCUUGAAUUUAAAAGGAUAUCUUGACAGGUAUUCCGUACCUACUUAGGAGGUAUAUAGUAGAUAAAGACCUAACACGGAUAGUUGCAUGUAUGUAUUGUCUCCUGGAACCAACAGUGACGUUAGGGUAAAGUGGAUAGUGAGGGGUUCUAGAUACUAAGUCUCCAAUCUCCAAUCGGACCCCUCAAUUUCCACCUACGCGCCGCAGCGCGUCUACCUCCGUUUCCAGAGAAAUAAUUAAUUUCAUUACCACAUAUCUACCUAAACAACAAAGACUUCGCAUGUCUCAUCUAAACCGAAGAAGGAAGUAAAGAAAUCAGUAAAGCCCCAAUUACUGUCAUUACUUGACAAUGGCAUCCAACCAGCAGUCACUUCAGCGCUCGACGACGCCGGCUGGAUCCCGCGAGAAGACCUAUUUUGAGCAGCAGCGUGAGGCGCUGAUAGGUGAGAUAGCUAUGAGCUUCGAGCACGUCCUCGCCAACAUCAACAAGUUGAACCGAUCUCUCGAGGCCGUAGUCGCCGUUGGCAAUGAGUUCUCAUCCGUAGAGGCGCUGUGGUCGCAGUUCGAAGGCGUCAUGGCGAAAGAUCCCGAGGAGGCUACACCUGAAGGCGAGGGACAAGGGCAACAUGAUCGGAACGAGAACGAAAGCGGUGAAUCGGCGGCGGCUAGAAAAAGCUGAAGAGGAAAAUAGCAGAGUUUAUUGCCGAGUACAAAUCACGAAGAUGAGGGGAUAAUGACCACGCAUAGGAUUAGGGGGAGG